AUGGCCGCGCACGGGAAGCUGCGCCGGGAGCGGGGGCUGCAGGCCGAGUAUGAGACGCAAAUAAAAGAGAUGCGCUCGCAGCUGAGCGAGCAGUUGCGCUGCCUGGAGCUGCAGGGGGAGCUGCGGCGGGAGCUGCUGCAGGAGCUGUCAGAGUUCAUGCGGCGCAGGGCCGAGGUGGAGCUGGAGUACUCCAGGGGCCUGGACAAGCUGGCCGAGCGCUUCUCCGGCCGAGGAGGCCGCCUGGGGGGCAGCAGCCGCGAACACCAAAGCUUCCGGAAGGAGCCGACCCUCCUGUCGUCCUUGCACUGCUGGGCCGUGUUGCUGCAGCAGACGCGGCAGCAGAGCCGGGACAGCGCGGCCCUCAGCGAGGUGCUGGCCGGGCCGCUGGUCCAGCGCCUGAGUCACAUUGCGGAGGAUGUGGGGCGGAUAGUCAAGAAGAGUAAGGAUCUGGAGCAGAAGCUACAGGAAGACCUCCUGGAGGUGGUGUCUGAGCUGCAGACGGCCAAGAAGACAUACCAGACUUACCACAUGGAGAGCAUGAACGCUGAGGCCAAGCUCCGGGAAGCUGAGCGGCAGGAGGAGAAGCGGGCUGGCCGUAGUCCUGCUCCUGCCACAGCCACAGCCACCACCGAGGCAGGGCCCCUGCGCAAGACCUCUGUCAAGAAGGGAUCCCGGCUGGUAGAAAAGCGUCAGGCCAAGUUCUUGGAGCACAGACUGAAGUGCACAAAGGCACGCAACGAGUACCUGCUCAGCCUGGCCAGCGUCAACGCCGCAGUCAGCAACUACUACCUGUAUGAUGUCUUGGACCUCAUGGACUGCUGCGACACAGGGUUCCACUUGGCCCUGGGGCAGGUGCUCCGGAGUUACACGGCUGCCGAGAGCCGCACCCAGGCCUCACAGAUGCAGGGCCUGGGCAGCCUGGAGGAGGCGGUGGAGGCCCUAGAUCCUCCAGGGGACAAGGCCAAGGUGCUGGAGGUGCACUCAGUGGCCUUCUGCCCCCCGCAGCGUUUUGACUACCAGCCCCACGAGGGGGAUGAGGUGACUGAGAUCCGGGUGGAGGUGGAGCUGCGGGACGAGAUUCUGCCCAGAGCCCAGAAUAUCCAGAGCCGCCUGAACGGACAGACCAUAGAGACAGAGGAGGUGAACAAGACGCUGAAGGCCACACUCCAGGCCCUGCUGGAAGUGGUGGCAUUGGAGGAUGGGGACAUGCUUGACUCCUUCCAGGCCAGUCCCUCCACUGAGUCCCUCAAGUCCACCAGCUCCGACCCAGGAGCUCGGCAGGCGGGCCGGAGGCGGGGCCAGCAACAGGAGACCGAAUCCUUCUACAUCAUGAAGCUCAAGGAGUAUCUGAGUGGACGGAGCAUCCUUGCCAAGCUGCAGGCCAAGCACGAGAAAUUGCAGGAGGCCAUUCAGCGAGGUGACAAGGAGGAGCAGGAGGUGCCAUGCGCCCAGUACACACAGAGAAAACUCCAGAAGAGCCGCCACCCCCGCCCCAGCUCCCGGUAUUACCAUAAACUCUUCGGGGGAGACAUGGAGAAGUUUAUCCAGAGCUCAGGCCAGCCCGUGCCCCUGGUGGUGGAGAGCUGUGUCCGAUUCAUUAACCUCAACGGCCUGCAGCACGAGGGCAUCUUCCGAGUGUCGGGGGCCCAGCUCCGCAUCUCAGAGAUCCGCGAUGCUUUUGAGAGAGGGGAGGACCCCCUGGUGGAGGGCUGCUCGGCCGGAGACCUGGAUUCGGUGGCGGGGGUCCUGAAGCUCUAUUUUCGGAGCCUGGAGCCCCCCCUCUUCCCCCCAGACCUGUUCCUGGAGCUUCUGGCUUCUGCGGAGCUGGAGGCCCUGGAGGAGCGGGUGGAGCUGGUGAGCCGCCUCCUGGCACAGCUGCCCGGGCCGGUGCUGGUGGUACUGCGCUACCUCUUCACCUUCCUCAGCCACCUGUCCCAGUAUAGUGAUGAGAACAUGAUGGACCCUUACAACCUGGCUGUGUGCUUUGGGCCGACGCUGCUGCCCGUGCCCCCUGGGCAGGACCCUGUGGCCUUGCAGGGCCAGGUGAACCAGCUGGUGCAGACGCUCAUUGUGCAGCCCGCACGGGUUUUCCCGCCCCUCGCCCAGCUGCCAGGCCCUGUCUACGAGAAGUGCAUGGCACCGCCCUCCGCCAGCUGCCUGGGGGACACCCAGGUGGAGGGUCUGGCAGGUGAGAACGAGCCGGAACUGGAAGCUGGGACUCCGGUCCAGGAGGAUGUCCUGGAGGGCAUCGUGGAGGCGGUGGCCUGCUUCGCCUACACGGGCCGCACGGCCCAAGAGCUGAGCUUCCAGCGCGGGGACGUGCUGCGGCUGCACGAGCGGGCCUCAGAGGACUGGUGGCGGGGCGAGUGCGCGGGCACCUGGGGGCUCAUUCCGCACAAGUACAUCACACUGCCCGAGGGAGCAGAGAAGCACGCGGUGGGCCCGGGGCUGCAGGCUGGGGAGCUGCUGAGCAGUGCGGAGGGUCUCCCGGCUGCGGAGACCACCCAGAGGCCGGAGCUCUGUACCCCACCUGCGGGCUCAGCUGGGCACAGACGGCACUGCUUGGUCCCAACCUCCCCAGACCGACAUGUGGAGGUGGAUAAGGCUAUGGCGCAGACCAUGGACUCCGUGUUCAAGGAGCUCUUGGGAAAGACGGCCGUCCGCCAGGGCCUGGGGCCAGCAUCCACCAGCUCUCCCAGCCCGGGGCCCCGCAGCCCGAAGAUUCUAGGCGGUGGCCGCCUGGGCAAGAACAAAGGCUUCUCUCGCAGCCCCGGAGCGCCGGCCUCACCCUCAACGUCCCAGCCCCCGGGCCUAGACUCACCCCUUAAGCCACACUGA